AUGCAAGAACUGGAUCCAGAACUAGAGGCAUUUCGCCAAAAGUGGCGAGAGGAGGUAUCUGCCAGAGCUCAAGAAAGCUCCAAAUCCAAAUCUUCAGCUGCUGAUCCUUCCAAAUCCAAAGGAGGGGGGAAACCCCUAGCUCGCUCGCGGUUACCUACCUCUCAUACUACGAAAUUCGUAGAAGCGCAUGACGAUGGGAUUGAAUCCCAGACUUUCGGAGGGUCAGAUGAACCAGACCCUUCUGGAAGUAAUUAUGUUGAGCCUUUGAGUUCUGGUGAAGGAGAGAGCGUGCCAGAAUCUGCUUUAGGAUAUUAUGAGAGAGCGGUAGAGAGAGAAAAUCAAGGCAGCCUCGGUGACAGCCUAAACCUCUACCGGAAAGCUUUUCGUAUGGAUGAUCGAGUCGACCAGAAAUACAAGAACAAGCACUUUCCGAAAUCCUCGUUCGUCUCGAAACCUGGCAACCGUAACCCAUCAAAUGCUGCUGCCACCGUGCCUAAUACUGCCCACCACUCCCUCCACGGGCCCCCACAAUCUAUCAAGCAACUUAUUUCAGGGUUCUUCGGUCUCUCGAUUGAACCUAUGCCUCCACCCAUUGAGGGAGCACCUGCCCCUCCAUGCCCCAUGGCAGGGCUACCGAGCGAAAUAAUAACCCACAUAAUGUUGGAAGUGGCUGUUUUGGAUAUUGGUUCCUUCGUCAGACUUGCACAGGUCUGUAAACGAAUGGCCUAUGUGGUGCUCACAGAAGAGCAAAUAUGGAGGCGGGUAUGCAUGGGAUCAGAAUUUGGAUUCGGAGCCAUGCAUUACGAGUGGCAGCAAGAGGUUCUGGGAGGCCCGCUUGAUGACUACCCUCCGGAUAUCAAGGAUUUGGACAAUGACGAGGUAGCACUUGCCCCGGCGGCCCGUCUCAACAAAGAGGAGGCCACAGAACUACUACACAGCGCGUAUGAAUCUUCAUGGCAACAAAUGUUCCGUCUCCGUCCGCGAAUUCGGUUCAAUGGCUGCUACAUUAGCACGGUCAAUUACCCUCGGCCUGGCCAAGCCUCGGUAUCGCAAGUUACAUGGCAUAGCCCAGUUCACAUUGUGACCUAUUAUCGAUACCUACGCUUUUUUCGUGAUGGGACAGUCAUAAGUUUGUUGACCACCGAUGAGCCGGCUGAUGUAGUGCAUUGUCUCACAAAGGACUUUCAGGACACACAUCGAGGCGGUGGAUCAUCGUACCUGCCCUCAGCUGUCAUGCAACACUCCUUACGAGGGCGAUGGAGACUCUCAUCCGCCAAAGAUACUCCUGAUAUCGAUCUAAAAGAGUCCGAAGGAGGUUUGUUUAUUGAAACGGAGGGCGUAAGCCCGAAGUAUAUGUAUCGCAUGGACCUGUCGUUGCGCAGUUCUGGGAGGGUCGCGCGGCAGAACAAGCUUGUAUGGCGGGGCUUCUGGAGCUACAAUGUUCUAACGGACGACUCGGGAGAGUUCACUCUUCGAAACGAGAAACCGUUCUUCUUCAGUCGGGUGAAGUCCUACGGAAAUGGCGCGUAA